CGCGAGCCGCCGUUCCUUUCCGCUCCGCGGGAAUACAUCCUGCGGCUGCGGGUCCUAAACACGGGGCGAAGGUCCACCGAAGAGAGGUCGCGGCGUUUCCAGGCAGGCAUGCGGACCCCCCCGCCGCCGGGCUCAAGAUGAAGGAGUGGUGGAUUCACGUGGGCUUGAUCUGCGUCCCGCUGGUCGCCGUCUACCUGCACAUCCCGCCCCCCCAGCUCUCGCCCGCCCUGCAGAAGUGGCACGGUGCCGGGGAGCUCUUCCACUUCAGGGGCAGGAAGAUCUUCUACAGAGACUCCUACGGGGCUUUGGGAAGCUCCGACGUCGUCAUUCUGCUCCACGGCUUCCCCACCUCCAGCUACGACUGGAGCAAGAUCUGGGAGCCACUCACACAGCGCUUCCAUCGAGUCAUUGCGCUGGACUUCCUCGGCUUUGGCUUCAGUGACAAGCCACGACCGCACAGGUACUCCAUCUUCGAGCAGGCCAAUGUGGUGGAGGCCCUGGUGGCCCACUUGGGUCUGAGCAACCAGCGAGUCAACCUGGUGUCCCAUGACUAUGGAGACACUGUGGCCCUGGAGCUGCUCUACAGGACUGACCAAAAUCGGACGGGUCACCUGACCUUCAACAGCCUGUGUCUUUCUAAUGGAGGGAUCUUCCCAGAAACACACCACCCGCGGCUGCUGCAGACGCUUCUGAAGGACUCCAGUUUUCUGGCUCCCCUCCUGACUCGUCUCACCAACUAUAUGAUCUUCCAGAAGGGGAUCGGAGAAGUGUUUGGUCCCUACACGCAGCCCACCGACGCUGAGUUCUGGGACAUGUGGACGGGUUUGCGCUACAAUGACGGCAACCUAGUUGUGGACAGCAUUCUCCAGUACAUCAACCAGAGACUAAAACACAGAGAGCGAUGGGUGGGCGCGCUCACUUCCACCGCCGUCCCGCUGCACAUGAUCUACGGACCCCUGGACCCCGUCAACCCUCAUCCACAGUUCAUCCGUCUUUACCAGCAGCUGGUCCAGAGGUCGACAGUCACCAUUUUGGACGAACACAUCAGUCACUACCCUCAGCUGGAAGAUCCCACCGGCUUCCUCAACGCAUAUUUCAAUUUUAUUCACUCGUUCUGAAGGGAAAUGCGAGGCCCCUGUUCAAGAACGGUACUAAAACCUAUGUUACAGUACCAUUGAGUACCAAAAGCUGUGUGAACCAAAGUGAGAAGUGAUCACGUGUGGUGGAAAUACCAGGAAAUGCCUGACGAUUGUAAUCAGGAGAAAUGGUGUAUUAAUCUAAGAUUUAAUCGCAACUGAUGGGCUAAUUUACCAGCAUCAAUCCGAGAUGUCAGUCACUGCCAUAGACGACAUAAAAUGUGAGCUAAAAAGGAAAAAAAAAAAAAGAUCAAUUGUACUUAAUGCAACUGACUGACUAACCUGGUGAGUGUUAAAAGUGUGAACCCUCUGAGGAAGCAUGAUUCUGUAGGUUAGGUUUGGCUGUGUGACCCUUGCGGGACAGUUUCGAUUCCCUCCAUUUUCUGUUGUUUUUUUCCUGCAAUCAGCUGCAUUCUGAAUGGAUUUUGAUAUGAUUUUCUACAUUUCUCUUGAUGUCAAUGAAAAAAAACUAAA